CACCACCGUUCGUCGUCGUCGACGAUCCCCGAGCGAAGCAAGCCGAGCCGGGGCCGCACCGCGCGGCGGACUCUCGCUGAAGCAGGAAAUGACCUAGAGGCCUUAGAAAUACAUUUCUGCAUCCUUCAGACGCUACAAUCAAGAAAAGCCCACUCUGAAAGCACCAUUUAUUAAUGUUAAAAGGAAACUACCUCAACAUAGAAAAGGAGAAGCAGAAAGGCUUGCAAUAAAAACAAAGUAAAACACUCCUUCUGAAUAAUGUGUAGUUGCAAAGUCUCCGGGAAACAAACAUGCAUUUUUUUCAGUAUUAAGGUGGGAAACUCAAUUGAAUUUGACUGACGGGCUCUGUCAAAUUGAGAAACUGUUUGAUCCACUGACGUGAAGGUUCAGUAGUUCUUUAAGGAAAGACCUGCUCUGUGUUAAUGAUCACUGUUGAGCAGUGAUUUUGGUUUUGCUCUUCCUCUCCCUCUCCUAAUACUGACUGAAGAAGUUUAUAUAACUAUGAUACAACUUUUAAAAGAUAAGGUCUCUUCAGUGUAAGUUAAUGUUAACGUUAGGUGUCAGAAAUGCAUUAGAAGGAAAACUGCAGCAGACAGCUUUUUGCCCCCUGGUUGAAAUUGCAUCUUGGGUGCACACAUUAGAUUGCUGAGCAGGAAACAUACAGUAUUUUUAAAAAGUUAUCACAGCUCGCUUUUACGAUUAUAAUUUGUAAUUGCAGCAGUGCUGCAUUUGAACACUGAAUAGUACAUAGUCAGCAAACCUGCUGCCUUUCUCACUGCUGAAACAAAUUACCUACUUUUUUUGUUUUUGAAAUGCCUCCUAUGAAAAUUAUGUGCAUACUCCUCUGCUGCUGCUACACAUAGGUAGUUUUCCAAGGGAGCAAUUCAUGAGAACGGAUUGUUAAUUCAAGGAACCUUUUGUCAAGUACUUCCUUAUGUAUUGCUGCAGUGCACAAGAAAGUAAAAUGGACUAUAAGCGGCGCUUUUUGCUUGGCGGGUCCAAGCAGAAAGUACAGCAACACCAGCAGUAUCAAGUGCCGGAACUAGGCAAGACUCUGAGCGCACCUUUAGCUUCUCCAGCCACAACAUCCCCUCUGGUCUCCCCGGCUGCUGCUGGCAGCUGCAACCAUGCGACUCCUAUUGCAGACAUCCAGCAGGGAAUCUCCAAAUAUCUGGAUGCACUCAAUGUGUUUUGCCGUGCGAGCGCUUUCCUCACAGACCUUUUCAGCAGUGUGUUUCGGAACUCGCACUACUCUAAGGCAGCUAUGCAACUGAAAGACGUGCAGGAACAUGUCAUGGAAGCAGCAAGUCGACUCACAGCAGCAAUAAAACCAGAAAUAGCAAAAAUGCUCAUGGAACUUAGUGCUGGAGCAGCAAACUUUAAAGAUCAAAAGGAGUUCAGCCUCCAGGAUAUUGAGGUACUUGGACGAUGUUUCUUGACAGUGAUGCAGGUUCAUUUUCAGUUUUUAUCUCAAGCUUUGCAGAAGGUCCAACCUUCUCAUUCAUGUUUUACUGAAGCCGUAGCUCAGGAAAGAAAGAAUUCUAAUGUGGCCGAGACGUCCAGUGCAAGCCCCACAAUUGAGCUUGAAGAAGCAGUGCGAUCAUGGAGAGGAGCAGCUGAGGCCACAUCACGUCUGAGAGAGAGGGGUUGUGAUGGCUGUCUGGCUGGAAUCGAGGUCCAGCAACUCUUCUGCUCCCAGAGUGUGGCAAUUCCUGAGCACCAGCUAAAAGAACUGAAUUUGAAAAUAGACAGUGCUCUGCAGGCAUAUAAAGUUGCAUUGGAAAGUUUGGGUCACUGUGAAUAUGCAAUGAAGGCUGGCUUCCACUUGAACCCAAAGGCUAUUGAAGCAAGUUUGCAGGGCUGCUGCAGUGAUGCUGAAGCCCAGCAGACUGGACGGAGGCAGACCCCUUCUCAACCGAUUCAGUGUGAGCUCCCAACAGUUCCCAUUCAGAUAGGUGCUCACUUCCUGAAAGGAAUAUCCUUUAAUGAGUCUGCAGCAGAUAACCUGAAGCUGAAAACGCACACUAUGAUACAACUAAUUAAAGAAGCUGGCUGGCAUAAUGGUGUAACCCUGAGGGAUGACUCUCCUGUGACAGAAGUAUUGAACCAGGUUUGCCCUUCUACAUGGCGGGGAGCCUGUAAGACUGCUGUACAGUUGUUAUUUGGCCAAGCUGGGCUGGUGGUUGUAGAUACAGCACAAAUCGAAAACAAAGAAGCAUAUGCACCUCAAAUCAGUUUAGAAGGGUCCAGAAUUGUGGUUCAAGUCCCAUCAACUUGGUGCCUGAAAGAAGAUCCUGCAACAAUGUCUCUGUUGCAGAGAAGCCUGGAUCCGGAAAAGACUUUGGGACUGGUAGAUGUGCUUUAUACUGCUGUGUUUGACCUAAAUCGGUGGAAGGAAGGAAGAGAACAAGCCUUGCCCUGCAUUCAGAUCCAGCUCCAGCGCGAGAUCUGUGACUUCGGGCCUCACAUCGACUUACCAUCUGGAAAUGGAAGCAAAUCAGGUGGUGGCUUGCAGAAGACUUUCUCAAAGUUGACUUCACGAUUUACAAAGAAAACUUCCUGUGCAAGUUCAAGCAACAGUGGGAGUUACUCCAUCCCUAAUACACCUUCCAAAACCCCUUUUAUACCUAACUCAGAGGAUAAAGCAAAAAUGCCCAACAACAUGGAUGCCCGACUGCAAAGCAUUCUGAACAUCGGUAACUUCCCUCGGACCGUUGAGUCAGCCCAGCAGUGCUUGAGCAAUCAGGUGGUCAAUGGGUUUCUUCUGGACAGGCGUGACAGCAUCAAAGCAGAAGGUGGUAAGGAUGCCAAAGGUAUGAAUUUACCAACUGACCAAGAAAUGCAGGAGGUCAUAGAUUUCCUCUCUGGUUUCAAUAUGGGCAAGUCCCAACAGACCUCUCCACAGGUGAAAAGAAGGAACUCUGUUGCAUCGUCAUCUGCUGCAGCGGAGCAGAAGCCGGUGGCCCUGCAGCUGCAGCCGCAGUCUUCGUCUCACACACCUUUGCACCAUCUUCAGCAAGGGUUGUCACAGCAACAGCAGCCCCAGAAGCCCCAGCAGCAACAGCAGUACUAUCAGCAUUUGCUUCAGCCCAUUGGUUCACAGCAGCAGCAGCAGCAGCAGCAGCGCCUACCUGGCAAAUGGCCGACCAGUUCCAGCCAGCAGUCGGCCCAAACAGUCGGUCCGGGAUUGUCCCAUAUGCCUCAGUGGAGUGGCCAUGCCUUUUCUGAUCUGAGCUCUGAUCUGUAUAACUUGGGUCUUGUGAACAGUUACAUGGACAAUAUGAUGUCAGAGAUGUUGGGACAGAAACCACAAGGACCUAGAAAUAAUACGUGGCCGAAUCGUGACCAAAGUGACGGGAUCUUUGGGAUGUUGGGAGAGUUUCUACCCUUUGACCCAGCAGUUGGCUCGGAUCCAGAGUUUGCCCGCUAUGUGGCCGGAGUCAGCCAGGCCAUGCAACAAAAAAGGCAGGCACAGCACUUCCGUCGCCCCAGCAACGCACGUAGCAACUGGUCUCACCCUGAUGACCCGCAUAGGACCUGGCCCUUCCCAGAAUAUUUCACAGAAGGGGAGAUGACUAGCAGCUGGUCAGGUGCUCAGGGUGACUCGGCCAGCUCCAGUGAUGAGACCUCCUCAGCCAAUGGAGACAGCCUGUUCUCCAUGUUCUCAGGGCCAGACAUUGUGGCUGCAGUCAAACAAAGAAGGAAACACAGCAGUGGGGAACAAGACCCAAGCACACUUCCUUCACCACCGCUCUUCUCUACAGUGGAUGAUCAUAAUCAGGACAAUAAAACCAAAACCUGGCCUCCGAAAGCUCCUUGGCAACACACACUCCCAAGUCAAAGCAUGUCGUUGUAUCAGAUGAGCAACCCUGCUAGCCAGUGGAAUGACACAAUGCAGAUCCUGCAGUCACCUGUUUGGUCAACAGCCAAUGAUUGCACUCCAUCGACAGGGAUUUCCUCCACUUUUGCCUAUGUGCAGCAGCAACAGCAGCAGCAGCAGCAGCAGCAGCAAUCGCCGCCGCCGCCGCCGCCUCCUCAGCACAAACCGAUGAAUAAGGGCUUUAAACCUUUUCCAGUCAAGCACGAACGCAGACCGUCCUAUAUGCACCAGUACUGAUGGGUUUUUUUUCUAGCGAGAGAUGCAGCAGAGGACCAAAGUCUUUGAUGUGACACACAUUUGCUUUGUUUUACAGUUGUGCAGUGGUGGCUGUCUUCUGGUUGUUCUGUGGAGUGACAGCUUCUAGUGGGGAUUCUCUCUCUCUCUCUCUCUCUCUCUCUCUCUUUACAGUGCUGAGCAAACGGUGCCAAGGUUUUAAGUGUAGACACAACAGCCCUAAACUGUGAUGCUUUCAAAGCGUAUGGACUCUACCCUGCUAACAAACUGCUACAUUAUUACCACAGAAAACACUGUAUUUUAUAGCUAUUUUUUCAUAUAGAUUUAUAGCUCCCAUUUCUUGCUAAAGCAAAUUUGAGUAUUUUUAAGCAAAUCUAGCAGUUUUGCUCAACACUCAUUUUGUUUAGAUUUCUAAUUGACGAGAUGUAAAGUCUUCACUCUGACUACAUAGGCUGCAGUAGCUUUUUUUAAUGCAUCUGUUGUUAAUGUGCCACACAAGUUCUUUGUUGCAGGAGUGGUACAAAAGCAGCUACAAAACUGAUGGUUUCCAGUUAUUUCAUUCAUGCAAAAAUGGCUGGAACCCCUGUAGCUUUGUCACAAGUUACCUGGCCAGUCAGUGGGCAUGAUCCACCUGUAUCCUGUGCACAAGCUCCGCAAAGUCAUUUUUGGUGGAUGGUGUUCAUCUGUGACUGACACUACAUUUGAAUACACAAUUUGAUACUUUUACAUUUGGCCAAAGGCAUUAUCCAUACAGUGCUCCUUAAAUGUAUGAAAGAAUCAUUAAGACUACUUGCAAAUAUUUAAAGUCUUAUUUCAAUGCUAGACUUAGUGUGUAAAAACAUGAGCUGGCUCAGAAGAGAGAGAACUUAAAACACUAUUUUUUGUAGUGCUAAGGAUUAAAGUAACUACUUUCCGUCAAUAUGUGCCAUUAAAUAAGUGAACCUGUGGAAUUAGGAAAUAUCUUCCAACCAAAGUGGAUCUGGGGGAAUGACUGGUGCUUAAAUUGAAAAAAAGAUAAAUAUGUAUAGUUAUCCCAUUGUAUAUUAAUUGAGGAGAGAAGUCUUUAUAAAAACCUAUUUAAAUUUUCAUAUUUCAUCUUUGAAAGAGUAAUUAUAAACCACAAUAUUUUCUGGUAUAAAGGUUUUUGACAGUAUUAAUAUUAUUUUUAUAUUUUCUUAAGUCAUAUCAUUCUAAUACAUUGACAAGUAAAUGGGUUAUUAGUUAUAAAUGCAUAUAGUUUUUGAUGAAGAUAAAAGCACAUUUUAAGUUCCCAUUUUCUACAAACUAAGUACAUGUGUAUAUUAAAGAUACCAAAUUAUAUAUAAAUAUAUAUAAAUAAAAAUACACGACACUAAACGUUGGGGUGGGUAGAGUUAAGCCCCUCCCACCCACCCCGCCUUCUGCUUGUGUGGCGAUGGGCUGUCUUGGCAGGCCCAGAAUGUUACUAUUUGUGCUGGUUGAAGAUGCCAAUGUUGCCUGUAUUUAUGAUAUUGUCACCAUGUUUCCUGAAAACCCAUUCUUACCAUGUUUACAGAGUUGUUUGCUGUGCAUAACUUUACAGUCAUGUGCUUUGCACAAUCAGUGUGGCUUCUGUCUGUAAAUUGUUAAUGUUCUGUACUUUCUGCUAAAACGUUGGUGAAUUUAAAAAGUGGUUUUGAGUUUCCUCAAAUAUGCCAUUGAAAACUUAUAUUGGACCCUAAAAUCCACUGCAGUUGUAUGCCACAGUGAUUUCAGAUCAAAGUACAGAUGUGUUGCAUUGAAGUUCCCUAUAGAGCAUCUAAACCGCUGUAAUAAUGGAGUGGUAAAUGCAAGCAUUGGCAGUUUCUAAAAUGGUAGUGAAUUGUGGAAAUGCUGGUGAAUCCGCUUCUGUCUAGUAGGUGCUAAGAUCUUCCUCUGCUUCCAAUUAUUCUGAACACUGAGAAUUUUCCCAAGUUUUUUGCACUUGGCAACCAAAUCUUGCCAUACAAAGUUUCACACUGCCAAGUGCAAGGGGUUUGGUGCUCAGUUAACUUAACCUUAUUGCAGUACUUCUAUGAAUAGCUAAUGCUUUGGAACUGGAACUGUACAUUUUGUAUUUUAAUUUUAAAGCACCUGUAAGUAAAAACAACCCUACUUGCUUUAUUAAAGAUAUACCUUUAAUAA